AUGAGGAGGCCCCUGGACUCUGUGGAGGAGGUGAGGGACAGGAGGCCCCUGGACUCUGUGGAGGAGGUGAGGGACAGGAGGCCCCUGGACUCUGUGGAGGAGGUGAGGGACAGGAGGCCCCUGGACUCUGUGGAGGAGGUGAGGGACAGGAGGCCCCUGGACUCUGUGGAGGAGGUGAGGGACAGGAGGCCCCUGGACUCUGUGGAGGAGGUGAGGGACAGGAGGCCCCUGGACUCUGUGGAGGAGGUGAGGGACACGAGGCCCCUGGACUCUGUGGAGGAGGUGAGGGACACGAGGCCCCUGGACUCUGUGGAGGAGGUGAGGGACACGAGGCCCCUGGACUCUGUGGAGGAGGUGAGGGACACGAGGCCCCUGGACUCUGUGGAGGAGGUGAGGGACACGAGGCCCCUGGACUCUGUGGAGGAGGUGAGGGACAGGAGGCCCCUGGACUCUGUGGAGGAGGUGAGGGACAGGAGGCCCCUGGACUCUGUGGAGGAGGUGAGGGACAGGAGGCCCCUGGACUCUGUGGAGGAGGUGAGGGACAGGAGGCCCCUGGACUCUGUGGAGGAGGUGAGGGACAGGAGGCCCCUGGACUCUGUGGAGGAGGUGAGGGACAGGAGGCCCCUGGACUCUGUGGAGGAGGUGAGGGACAGGAGGCCCCUGGACUCUGUGGAGGAGGUGAGGGACAGGAGGCCCCUGGACUCUGUGGAGGAGGUGAGGACAGGAGCCCCUGGACUCUGUGGAGGAGGUGAGGGACAGAGGCCCCUGGACUCUGUGGAGGAGGUGAGGGACAGGAGGCCCCUGGACUCUGUGGAGGAGGUGAGGGACAGGAGGCCCCUGGACUCUGUGGAGGAGGUGAGGGACAGGAGGCCCCUGGACUCUGUGGAGGAGGUGAGGGACAGGAGGCCCCUGGACUCUGUGGAGGAGGUGAGGGACAGGAGGCCCCUGGACUCUGUGGAGGAGGUGAGGGACAGGAGGCCCCUGGACUCUGUGGAGGAGGUGAGGGACAGGAGGCCCCUGGACUCUGUGGAGGAGGUGAGGGACAGGAGGCCCCUGGACUCUGUGGAGGAGGUGAGGGACAGGAGGCCCCUGGACUCUGUGGAGGAGGUGAGGGACAGGAGGCCCCUGGACUCUGUGGAGGAGGUGAGGGACAGGAGGCCCCUGGACUCUGUGGGAGGAGAGGCCCUGACUCGUGGGGAGGUGAGGGACAGGAGGCCCCUGGACUCUGUGGAGGAGAGGCCCCUGGACUCUGUGGAGGAGGUGAGGGACAGGAGGCCCCUGGACUCUGUGGAGGAGGUGAGGGACAGGAGGCCCCUGGACUCUGUGGAGGAGGUGAGGGACAGGAGGCCCCUGGACUCUGUGGAGGAGGUGAGGGACAGGAGGCCCCUGGACUCUGUGGAGGAGGUGAGGGACAGGAGGCCCCUGGACUCUGUGGAGGAGGUGAGGGACAGGAGGCCCCUGGACUCUGUGGAGGAGGUGAGGGACAGGAGGCCCCUGGACUCUGUGGAGGAGGUGAGGGACAGGAGGCCCCUGGACUCUGUGGAGGAGGUGAGGGACAGGAGGCCCCUGGACUCUGUGGAGGAGGUGAGGGACAGGAGGCCCCUGGCUCUGGAGGCCUCUGUGGAGGAGGUGAGGGACAGGAGGCCCCUGGACUCUGUGGAGGAGGUGAGGGACAGGAGGCCCCUGGACUCUGUGGAGGAGGUGAGGGACAGGAGGCCCCUGGACUCUGUGGAGGAGGUGAGGGACAGGAGGCCCCUGGACUCUGUGGAGGAGGAGGUGAGGGACAGGAGGCCCCUGGACUCUGUGGAGGAGGUGAGGGACAGGAGGCCCCUGGACUCUGUGGAGGAGGUGAGGGACAGGAGGCCCCUGGACUCUGUGGAGGAGGUGAGGGACAGGAGGCCCCUGGACUCUGUGGAGGAGGUGAGGGACAGGAGGCCCCUGGACUCUGUGGAGGAGGUGAGGGACAGGAGGCCCCUGGACUCUGUGGAGGAGGUGAGGGACAGGAGGCCCCUGGACUCUGUGGAGGAGGUGAGGGACAGGAGGCCCCUGGACUCUGUGGAGGAGGUGAGGGACAGGAGGCCCCUGGACUCUGUGGAGGAGGUGAGGGACAGGAGGCCCCUGGACUCUGUGGAGGAGGUGAGGGACAGGAGGCCCCUGGACUCUGUGGAGGAGGUGAGGGACAGGAGGCCCCUGGACUCUGUGGAGGAGGUGAGGGACAGGAGGCCCCUGGACUCUGUGGAGGAGGUGAGGGACAGGAGGCCCCUGGACUCUGUGGAGGAGGUGAGGGACAGGAGGCCCCUGGACUCUGUGGAGGAGGUGAGGGACAGGAGGCCCCUGGACUCUGUGGAGGAGGUGAGGGACAGGAGGCCCCUGGACUCUGUGGAGGAGGUGAGGGACAGGAGGCCCCUGGACUCUGUGGAGGAGGUGAGGGACAGGAGGCCCCUGGACUCUGUGGAGGAGGUGAGGGACAGGAGGCCCCUGGACUCUGUGGAGGAGGUGAGGGACAGGAGGCCCCUGGACUCUGUGGAGGAGGUGAGGGACAGGAGGCCCCUGGACUCUGUGGAGGAGGUGAGGGACAGGAGGCCCCUGGACUCUGUGGAGGAGGUGAGGGACAGGAGGCCCCUGGACUCUGUGGAGGAGGUGAGGGACAGGAGGCCCCUGGACUCUGUGGAGGAGGUGAGGGACAGGAGGCCCCUGGACUCUGUGGAGGAGGUGAGGGACAGGAGGCCCCUGGACUCUGUGGAGGAGGUGAGGGACAGGAGGCCCCUGGACUCUGUGGAGGAGGUGAGGGACAGGAGGCCCCUGGACUCUGUGGAGGAGGUGAGGGACAGGAGGUUCUAG